AUGUCGGCAGGACCUCAGAUGAUUACGCUGGAGCAAGCGACGUGGGCAUUCAUCGAUGCCGCACCUCGCAAGCACACUGCUCCAUGGGGCGUCCGCUUCGUCAAGGCGGCCAUGGCAGGUGUUCUGCUCUCUCUAGGAGGAACGCUGGUGCAAGUGCUCAGUGCAGAUCCUUGGCUCACCACCAACGCUCCCGGUCUGCUCAAGCUCAUCCAAGCCAGCUACUUUCCAAUCGGUCUCGUCAUGAUUGUCUUGCUGCAAGCUGAUCUCGUCACGGGUGAAUAGGACUGACGCAGCGCACACAAUUUGCCAUGUUGCCACAGAUCAGCACUUUCUGAUCCGCUGCUCCGCAACCCCUUCGCAGGAAACAUGGCUAUCUUCAUUGCCGGAACCGUGAAGCGCAAGGUUCCAAUUUGGGCGUUCCUGGUGGAUUGGUCUCUAUGCUUCAUCGGCAACCUCAUCGGCGCACUGGUUUACGCAGUUUUCAUCGUACACUUUGGCACGCUCUACACUCCAGCCAUGUCGAUGGGAGCAGCCAACAUUGCGAAUGCGAAAGUAGUCAGCGUCAAUUUCAGAGAGGUCUUCCUUAGGGGUAUCGGCUGCAAUUAUGCGGUCGUCGCUGCCGUCUUCCUUGCUAGUUUGGGCAAAGACGUCAUCUCGAAGAUCGUCGCAAGCUACUUGCCCAUCCUUUUCUUCGUUGGCGCAGGUUACGAGGUGAGUCUGCAGUGCAACGUGAGGUCUUGAAGCGUAAUAGUUCUAAGGGCCUAUGUCUGUGGCUUGCUUCCUCGUAGCACGUCGUCGCCAACAUGUUCCUCGUCAUCGAAGGUCUCUUGACCAAAGAGUCCAACGCGACGGUCGGCCGCUACAUCUGGAAUUCCAUCAUUCCUUCCUUCCUCGGCAAUAUCCUAGGAGCCGCGUUCUUCAUCUUGCCCCUGGUCUACAUCCACGGUCGUGACGAGUUCAACCCUGCCAAUUUCGACUUGCCCACCACUUCUCAUGACGAGCGCGCCAAGAUCGGAGGCGGCAGUCCUGAUGGCACCUUUGCUGGACCUCAAGACCACAAUGAGCAGUGGAGAAAGGAUGUUGAGAAGACUGCUGCUGCGCAGUAG